ACUUCGUAUUCGCCUGCCGUAGGACACCUGUUGGCCAAAUCAGCCAACGUCCUGCAUGGCUAGAUUUUGGAGCCGGUGAUGUCUGCAUCGUCAGAAGGCCUACCAUGAGGGUUCGAUUCCGGGCUUGGAAGCGUAUACGCACGGUCGGAUACGCGAAUGAAGGUAGCUCAGUGGCAGGGCAGGUAUAAAAUGGGCAAGAGCUGCACCGGGAUCGAAGCUCGAUUCGGAGAGUGCGACUGUCUAUAGCAACGGACACCACGAUCGCAACAAACCCAACUUGUCACCGAGAUCAAGAAACCGCAGUGAUGAAGUAUCUCGCCGCCCUCACAUCCGCCCUAGGGCUCCUCCUGACCAGCGCCUCCGCCAUCCCCCUAGAGGAGCGCGACGUCCAAACGGUCCACCUCAGCUUUCACGGCGGCCCAGUCCAGUACGACAUGGCCUUUCCCGCCGACGGCAACAUCUACCCAACCAACAACGACUUCUCCAUCAACAUAAUCGACGCCCCAGAUUACAACGCCUUCUCCCAGUGCCAAUUCCACACCCAGGGCGAGGCCACCUUCGCCAGCAGCAUCUCGCCGACCGGCGCCAACCAGAUCAUGGUCGGCCCGCCGCAGCCCAUCACUGGCGUCAGCUGCCAGGGCAUGUGUGUGCCGACGUACGGAGACUGCUACAUCAAUGGGCAGUGGGUCGGGCCGUGCUGCUCCGGAUUCUGCGCUGCGAAUAAGUGCCGGCCUUGGGUUAAUCCUUGGUGA